UAUAAUGCGAUGUGGUAACUGUUUUCUUGCCGUGCCGAUUGGGCGUUAAGCUUAAACUCAAGAAACUUGGAAAAUUAGGUCGCACAAAGUUGGUCUGCCUUCCAAUUAGAUCGACAAUAAAAUUUGUGUAGAAAUCCCUCUUUCUGUUCUACCGGUAUUAAAAUGUAGGUUCAACUUUGCCUAAAAAAUGAUUGCGAUAUAGAGUAUGCAAUACGGGUAUGGAUCUGGAUGCUUUGUUUGUUUUCAUUUCACAAGAAAUGUAAUAAUAAGUACGCAAUAGGAUUGGUGAUGGAGGGGUAUGGCCGGAAAAGACAGAAUCAGUGGACUUCAUGGUGAUAUAAUUGACCAUAUUUUGGGGUUCUUACCAAUCUCAGAUGCUGCUAGAACUUCUGCUUUGUCUACAGUUUGGAGAGACGCUUGGUUAAGUCUUUCCCAACUCAUCUUUGACUCUAAUUUUUUCAAUCACAUCCGGCCCUUCAUUACAGAAUCAGCCAUGUCUGUAAUUAACAAAAUUCUUUUGAAGCACAAGGGACCCAUUCGGAAAUUUGUUUUCCAUUUUUGCAUGUUUUAUUUGGUAAGAGAAGAUACGAACAAGUCUAGAUGGGUUGAAUUUGAUGAAUGGUUACUUUUUCUCAUAAGAAAUGGGGUGGUAGAAAUGGACCUAUCUUUUCUCCCAUGUGCAUACAUAUUACCUGAUUUCAUAUUUUCUUGUUCAACCCUCAAGAAGCUGCGUCUUUUUGGAGUGUUUGUUGAACCAAUAAAGGCCCCGUGUAUAUUUCCCAAUGUCACUUCUCUUCGUCUUCAACAUGUUCUGUUUGAUUCCAGAAAUCUUCUUGAUUCUCCCACUGCUCUUCCAAUGCUCAAGAGUCUUGAGUGUGAAAAUAUAUCUGGUUUCAACAUUACUGCCCCAAAACUUAGAAGUUUAAAAAAUUUUGGUGCUAAUUUUCAUGGUGUUCUUCCAUUUACCUUGGACUUGAAACCGAUCUGCUAUCUUCAUCUCUACCAUUGUUCUGCUAAGGAUAUAAUUAAAGAAUUAACUAGAUUGGGUAAACAAGGAACUACACUGAAUGUGGGCCAACUCAAGUUGCGUUUGUGUGCUGAAGAGGAUGAGAUUUCUGCCUUCAUUAAUUUGUUGCGAAUGUGCCCAAAGUUGUAUAAACUUGAUAUACAACUAUUGAACAAUGUUGUGCCAACUUCUACACACGCUUCGUUGGAGCAUUCAGAGUUUAUUGUGGCCGGAACAUUCCAAAAGGUUAAUACAUUGAAUCUUUCUUGUGCAUUUAGAGGGUCAUUGCCGGAAAUGCUACUCUUCAAGUGGCUUCUUGCAUGCUUUCCCAUGCUUGAGAGGGCUUCCAUAUCUCAAAGAAUAACAUCUUUCUCCAACACGGAGUCAAAAAACAAACAGGAGCUUUUACACUUCCUUCGAGCUUCUUCAAAAGCAGACAUUUCUUACACUGAAAAACUUUUUAAGAAUUGUAGUCUAUUUUAAUUAUUUUGUAAUAUUAUACAUGACUGUUUUUGAAGUCAUUUGUAUGUAGUACGUGCUACCCAGUAUGCAAACUUUCAAGUUUCAAACUCUAAAUCUUGCGGAAUGCUACCUAUUAACUUUUAAGGGAAAUUUCAAAUUUUUCUGUAAUUCUUUUAGGGGAUUUCUCUAUCUGCUAAACAAUGAAUGGAAUUAUACUCCAAAAUUAAUGUGGGCUCGUAUGGGCCUUCCAAAAGUGGAACCUUCACCAGGUAAUAUUCAGCUGAGGACUCGAGGUUGAACUGAUGGUUAUGAAUCCUUGCGAUUUUGUUCGGAUUUCAAUUGUUACAAAGCUUUCUGUUUCUGGAAUGUUAUCCAACAUUUAUGAUAUUUAAUUUAGGAGGGCUUAUUUCGAGAUUGAGAGUAUGGUUUGGGCAGAUUGGGAGGUUUUGUUUGAUUGUUUUUUAGCUUCGGAAGUGCAAGGUUGCAGAUUUUGUUUUCGGGACUGCAUUUUUGGAGUCUGCAGUUUGUGCAUAUUCUAAAUGGUUGCAGGGUUGUUUUUCUUUGUCUCAGGAUUUUCAGGUUCCACUGGCACGAUGCAUUGAGUUUACUUUAUUAAAAUAGCAAUUUCUGGCGGUUGUAAUUUUGAGUUUCAUUAAUAAAAUUUCUUAUCAAUAAAAAGUGAAGGUAAUGUUAAAUUACUUUAUUUAGUUAAAGUUACAAGGCUACCAAAGAAAUGUACGGAUAUAUAAGACAUCCUUGUGGAUUUCAACUUUAAGAUCACGAGAUUGAUUUUAGAUCACUAGCACACAGGAAACAUGUUGUAAAAUGAAUUUGGAUCCUCUCCUGUGACCGGAGAGUUCCAGUGGGAGAGAGAUAGAGAGGAGGGGAUUUUAGGUGGAGUAUGUAGAUGAGUAAGAUAGAGAAAAAGGUAGAGAGAGAUAGGAAGAAAAAAAGAAAUGGAUGAGAAAUAGAGAAGGAAAAAUGGAGAGGAGCUUCACCCUUGUAAAAUUGGGGUGACAUUAAUGGACUUUCUCAAAUUACAUGGUACACUCGCUUGUACCGUGCGUAUGCUUCAGCUGGGCCUUUUGUUCUGUUGCGCACCUAUGACGACUGAAAGCGGAAAAUGACGAGUUCCAAGAAACAAUGAUGACGGAUGACCUCCAGCCACGAGCGAUUGGCAGCAACCUCCGGUGGUGGGGGUAGAUCCAGGUGGCGAGGUGAGUUCUGCCUGGACGAGUCAUGAACCACCUCUAACGACAAUUGAUAAGCGACAGACCUGUGAGUUCCUGCAAUUGGUGAGCAUAGAUGAAAGUUGUUUCCCAAAUAUAGGUAUAGAUUUACUUUUUAGUAUUACAUUUUUUACUAUGACUAAAACCUAAUACAAUUAAAAUAAACUCUGAUUAAAACCUAAUAUAAUAACAAUAAUAAUAUAAUUAACGUUUUUUGGGCACAAGCUUUAUAAAGCUUUGGUUGAUGUUUCUAUAUCAAUAGUCAGUGUCAUAUGUUUUACUCCACUCCAAUUAAUUAAUAGCUUUAAGAAAAUAAUAAAACAAAUUUAAUUGUAGUUAUGCAUGAGUCGUUUGCAUUAUGCUGCACCCAUUUCAAGAUUGUAUGAAUUUUCACUCUGUAUAUUCUUAGGUUGUUUUACACCUUAAGUACGUGCAUUUUUAUUGUAAGCAAGAAUUGGGUUUGUACUGUGUCUUUGUUUAAAGAUUUGACAUAAUAGAGAUACUGUUUUUUAUUAAUU